CGGCAACUUCCAGUGUCUCCUGCAGAAGUGACAGUAGUGGCUUGGGGAAAUGGUAAAUUUGGUAGAAGAAAGGGACAGCCACCAAAGCCAAAUGAAGCUUCGAGGAACUACGUUGCGAAAUGCGCAAUUGUUCUGGAUGAGUACAAGACGAGCCAUGCCCAUGUGGGAGACAAACCUUUCCCUAUGAGGUAUUGUAACUGAUUAACCAAUGAAAUUUUCAACAAUACUUUGUAGCUAUGGACAUUCCAUCAGCUUCAUGUUUGCUAGAAAAAAGUUAAAAAGCCAAUCGAUACAAAACGUGCAAUUAUCUUUGGAAGACUUUGAUGCAUCUGAAAUUGAACAAUCUUUUCAGGAUCGAAAUCAACCUUCCUACGCCAAAAACAGCCAAUAUUAAACAAUAUGAAAAAUAUUUGAGAUAUGUGCUUCUCCAUCUUGAAACCAUCCUUUCUUUUUAUCAUUACGAUCGCGGUAUAGCCAGGUUCCACAAUUAUAUAGGGCGACAGAGAGCCCGCGAAGAAAUGGUGAAUGUCUUUGCGAAUGGUGGUAAAAAAUACAACGCAGAAAAUCGAAAAAACACACGGAAAAACCGUCGAAGACGAAAGAAAAACAGGAAAGGGAAUACUAAACAUGCAUUACCCACAGGUCCAAGAGAAUCCACCGCACGCAGAACACUGGGCACAAUGCAAGGUCCCCAACAUUGGAAGCCACUAACGCUCCAGAUACCUUUUGAACCACGGCCUGUCGCCCCUAUUAUCGCUUUUGGUGACGCUAUGUUUGGCAUUAAAAACCAUUCUCAUCUCAAGGGCAAGCCAGUCGGUCUUGUUAACGUUCUUAUGGAAGAUGUUGAACCGCGGAAAGAGAUUGGGAAAGCUUGUUGUCGUCCCGAUUGAGGAAUACCUUAACUUCGCAGAUUUGUAACAAAUGCAAUGAGCGCAGUCUUAGCAAGGUCAAAACAGCUGAUGACAUCUCACACCAUGGUGUUGUAGUAUGCAAAAACUGCAAGAUACUUUGGCAAAGGGAUAUCAACGCUAGCAAUAAUAUGUUUCAAAUUGCAACAAUCUAUCCGGGCCGGUGACCAACGUCCAAUUGCUUUCGCAAGGCCGCCUGCACAGCAACCACUACAUCAUAUCGCCACUACGAAUGUGAUUUCUCUUCCUAGUGAAGAUGAUUAAGAUAUUUACAGCCUCAAAACUGUAUUUGUUUGAAUCUGUUUCUCCUCCUGCCAGUUACUAA